AUGAGUUUUUUAUCUUAUAUUGUUAAUAAAAACCCUAUUAUUGAACCUAAUACUGAUAAUAAAUCUAAAAGUGACCUUGACACUAGUCAUGAUAGAACUUUUUUGAACAGUAAUUAUUCUGUGUCAUCAAAUGUUGUUAGUCAGACCUUUUCUAGUUGGAAUAAUGUAAAACAAUAUAUAAAUGCCUAUGCUAUUAACAAAGGAUUCGCAAUGAUACUUCAUUGUACAGACUGUAGUAUGGGAUUUAUAACUAGAGCUGAAAUUAAAAAGACUGAAUAUCAUAUAAAAUCUGCUGUUUUUGAAUAUAACCAUCUUAUAGAUACUGCUGUAGCUAUUUUUGAUCCUGGUUAUCACAAACUAAGCAAUAAUAAGAAUAAUCAUUUACAAAUACUUUAUAAUAGUGAAAGGGACAUCUAUAAUUCUUUAAAUCAUCAAUCUCAUAAUCGUGUUAAAGGAUUAUUACAAAUAGCAAAGCUAUUGACACUUACAAUGUUCAAAUGUUAUCCAGAAGUGGUGCUAAUAGAUUCUAUAUACAAAACCAAUUGGUUUGAAAUGCCUCUUUUAUUAAUUAGUGAAGUCAAUGUUAUGGGUACUACAUUCCUUAUUGCUAGUGGACUUCUCAUUGAUGAGACUCUUAAUGAUAAAUUCAUUGCAUUUAGCAAAGAUUUUAAAGCAUUGAUGACAGAGUCUAAUAAAGAACAAUUUGGAAUCCUUUGGGGUCACCUACAAGUUGAGUAUUCUGAGACAAGUAAUUAUAUAAAACAGUGGAAAUCUAUCACUUAUAUAUGGGCAUAUUGCUAUACAAAUAAGAAUGUUAAUUAUAAUAUAAGAACUACACAAUGCUCAGAAGCAACUAAUGCAUAUUUGAAAUGUCUACUUGGUUACAUGGCAUCUUUGCCUAAAUUAAUUAACAUGUUGGAAAGGUUGUAUAGUCAUCAGAUUCAAAGUUCUCAAUAUCAACAGUAUCAUAUCCAAGGAAGUACUCACCAACAAUGCACUGAUUUAUUGAAAAAUGUCUCAACAGUCAUAUUUGAUUUUACUUAUGUAUUAUUACUUAAUCAAUAUAAUGGAGCUAAUGCUUACAGUAUUGAAAAACAAGAAAUUAAUUUAUUUAAAGUUUUUAAUGAAAAUUAA